AUGGGAAUUGAGAGGUCGGACCUUGUUGGGAGCUCCGCGUUAAUGCUUUUGCGUUCUCGGCCUCGAGUCGUCAUGAAUAGCGAGCUUUGGCGCUUGAAGAGUUAUGCUCUUAUUUCUGGUUUAGUUGAUUUUCUUUCGUUUAGUAGCUAUAGUUCUUUUCUCAGGUUUAUUUUGAGGGAUGUGCAGUUCUUUGCUUGGGUUCAGUUUUGGUUCUGUUCUUUUCGCCUCAGAAAAUCCCGGGUUUACUUAAGGGCGAUGGUUAGGCCGGAGCUCUGGCAGUACUCCCCGUUUUCUGAGUUUGGGCAAAUGAGCAUAGACUUGAACGUUUCUUGUCGAAAUGAUGGUGUCGAAGACAGUUAUAGCGGCAUUGCGGGUGAUGAUGCAUUUCGCAAUGAUGAAACUGGAAGGAAGGCUGCCGACUUGGAGGAACACGAUAUUAAGGUGAGCACCAGUCCCGUUGAAAAUGAAUCCAGUGGAGAUGAUGAAGAUGUACGAGAUUGCGAAGAUAGGGAAGAUUCUAAUCGUUUUAAUAAUUUUGAUAAUGGUGGAAAUGGUGAGACAGAAGCAGUUCAUUGCUCCGUGCAAGUUUCAAAAAAAAUAGUGGAAGAUGUGAUAAAUGUGGGAUGUUACGUUGACACUUUGGAUGAGGUUCAUGUGUUGUAUCGUGAAUAUGGAAGAUUGUGUGGUUUCUCUGUUAGAAAAGAAAGUCAAUGUUAUUUCCUGAACACUGCGGCGGUUCGUGCUAAGAUAUAUCAUUCUUCAUGUCACGGCUCUCCUGAUAAUAAGUGCUCUAUUGGUAGAGUGUCGGUAUGCAAAAGACAGUCAUAUAGGAGCAAUUGCAAUGCCAAGCUACGCGUUGCUAGAGAGGAUGUUGAAUCACCAUGGAAAGUUACUAUUUUUGACAAUCAACACAACCACAAGUUGCUCGACCCAAGUGAGAGUUACCUGCUCCGUUCUGCCCACAAUAUGUCUCAAUCGAAGAAGAUUUUGCUUGUAGCUUUGACGUCUAGUGGCAUUGGUGUUAGUCGUGCGUAUCGUUUCUUGGAGAAUGAAGCAGGAAGCCGUGCAAAUAUUGGAUUUCUGCGCAAGGAUGUGUACAACGUGCUCAAUAGCGAGCGUAGAGAAAUGUCAAAAGUUGCUAAUGCGGAUGCAAAUAAGCUGCUUGAGUAUUUCACCGACGAAGGAAAGAGUGACCCAUCAUUUUAUUGGCGGGUGAAGAUAUGUGAUGACGGACGCCUUAAGAAUUUAUUUUUUCGAGAUACAAGGUGCCUGGUUGACUACCAACAUUUCGGAGACGUUGUUUCUAUAGAUGCCACGUAUAAGACAAACAUGCACGACUUGGUUUGUGUUCCUAUCAUUGGAAUUAACCAUCAUCGUACGAAUGUGAUGUUUGCGAUGGCAUUCUUGUCGAAUGAGAAAACAGAAUCCUAUGAGUGGUUGUUUUCCACUUUUCUUGACGCGAUGUAUCGUAAGGAGCCGACUAUCAUUUUCUCCGACCAAGACAAGGCACUAAUGAAUGCUUUGGAUAACACAUUUUGCGGGGCGUCACACCGGCUAUGUCAGUGGCAUAUAAAUAAAAAUGCCGGGAAGCAAUUUGGUAAGUUGAAUUACGAUAAAGAUUUUAAGCAUUUGUGGUUCUGUUGUAUGAAUGGAUGCGAAAAUGCGGAAGAGUUUGACGCAACUUGGAAUAGCAUGAUGGAGGAGUUCAAUUUAUCACAAAAUAGAUGGUUUAAAACCAUGUAUAACCUUAGGAAGCGAUGGUCCUCCGCCUUCACGGUAGAGAAAUUUUCGGGUGGAUUGCAUGCAACAUCUAGAAGUGAGGUUACGAACAAGGUGAUUAAAGAAUUAUGUAGUAGUACCUCAAGUGUGUACGAAUUUAUACUUGGCUUUGAGAAGUUGCAGAAAAAUUGGCGUACUCGGGAGUUUGAGGAGGACGCAUUGUGUAGGGGCAUGCCGGGUAUGUUCAUUCAGGGAAGCGGUAUUUUGGUACAACUUGGUGAAUUAUGUACCCGAAAUAUUUUCAAGUUGUUUGAGGCCGAAAUUUUGAGUUCGGUAACUGUGAAAAUGGCGGAAGAACCACUUGAUUUAAAUGUUGAGGAGGCGGUGUUCAAGGUUUUUUCGUCAAGCGCUAUCAAAUGA